GUUUGUGUCAAGGAAUGCCCAACAACUGACUACGUCUUCCUCAAGGCAACCAAGCAGCAGUUAUUGUGUAAGGAAGGUGUUGACUUGGCUACAAGCAAGGUAAACAGUGAGCUUACCUUUACUGUUACACAGCUGGUCAAUGACAAGGACUGUGCUCCCUACGCUUUCAAGAGUACUGCAGGUAAUUCUUCUUACACUCAUGUCAUACGGAAGGUAAUUUUUCUAACAUUCACGUCAUGGGGAAGUUACCUGAAGACUUUCCUCAACGCCAAGGAAUUUGGAGACAAAGUUGUGGCAGAUGUGAUGACGUCAUGGUGGAUGAUUUUAGUCGGCUUUGCAGUCUCCAUGGUGAUCUCUCUGAUAUGGAUCACGCUGAUGAGAUGGCUGGCUGGCUUCAUGGUCUGGCUGACCAUCUUCGCUUUCACAGCACUCUGGAUCGGACUGACCGGGGCCAGCUGGUACCUCUACUACAUCAACCGGGGCUCAGGUGACACGAUGACUCUCUACCUGGUCUGGAAGCUCACCUUUGAGAAAGAGAACCUCUUCCUCGCCGGAGGUGUCAUUUUUGGGGUCAUCAUGGUUAUAGUGUUGCUGAUUCUGCUGUUCUUGUGUCAACGCAUCCGGAUCGCCGUCGCCUUGAUCAAACAAGGAAGCAAGGCCGUGGGAGCUAUGUGGUCCACGCUGUUUUGGCCCGUGUUCCCCUUUAUUCUCCAGAUCGUUGUGGUGGCUCUGUGGGGAGCUAUCGCUACGUAUCCUUUUAUCGUUUAUGUAUCAGCGUCAGUAGGUCGGGGCAACGACAUGGCGGUCAACAACUUGACCUACUCCAACGGUAGCUACAAAUACGACGCCAUCAAGGAGCAGUCCAAACAUUUGCUGGAGAAGUUCCCAUGCGACGUCAAUGUAAGUACUCAACAGCCUUCACGGGACUGGACCAUCUACUGCCAGAUCUUCAACUUGUUCAUGCUAUUUUGGCUGGUCAACUUCGUCUCGGCCCUGGGGCAGCUGACUCUGUCCGGGGCAUUUUCCAGCUGGUACUGGGCGUUUGUGAAGCCGAAAGAUAUCCCAGCACUACCUCUGUUGAGGGCAUUCUGGUGGUGCUUCAGGUACCAUCUGGGGUCAUUAGCGUUCGGAUCUUUGUUGAUAGCCAUUGUCCAGCUGAUCCGGACGUUCCUGGAGUAUCUGGACCACAAACUCAAGGGCUCCGAGAACCCUGUGGCCAAGUUCUUCCUCAAAUGUCUCAAAUGCUGUUUCUGGUGUCUAGAAAAGAUCCUCAAGUUUAUCUGCAAAAACGCUUACAUCAUGAUUGCUGUCAGCGGGAAAAGUUUCUGCCCCGCCGCUAUCCGAGCCUUCAAACUGAUCCUGAACAACUGUGUCAGAGCUUUCGUUCUCGACAAGGUCACUGACUUUCUGCUGUUUGUGUGCAAGUUGGUCGUGGUCGGGUUGGUAGGUUUCAUUGCCUACUUCUUCUUUGAUGGUCGGAUCACCUUCUUAAACGACUACAAGCCACAGCUCAACUUUUACCUAGUGCCUAUAAUUAUCGUCAUCCUAGGCUCUUACAUCGUGGCCGACAUCUUCUUCAGUGUCUACGAGAUGGCCGUCGACACGAUCUUCCUGUGUUUCUUGGAGGACAUUGAACGGAACGACGGAAGCCCUGAGAAGCCAUACUUUAUGGGGAAGGGGCUCAUGAAGGUGCUCGGCAAAUCGAACUUUAAGGUCAAAGGGAGCAAACCGUGA